AUGGGUGAAAGAAAAGUUGCGAUUGUUACUGGUACUAACAGUAAUCUCGGUUUGAAUAUUGUCUAUCGUUUGUUGGAGAGGGAGGAUCCAGAUACUAGGUUGACAAUUGUUGUAACUUCAAGAACUUUGCCUCGUGUACGUGAAGUUAUUGAUCAAAUUAAGAAAUAUGCAGAUAAAUUAAAUCGUCCUGGUGUUGUUGAUUAUGAUUAUUUAUUAGUUGAUUUCACUAAUAUGGUUAGUGUAUUGAGUGCUUACAAUGAUUUGAAAAAAUACAAGGCAAUUCAUUAUUUUUUUGUUAACGCUGCUCAAGGUGUGUACGAUGGUAUUGAUUGGGUUGGUGCUACAAAACAAUCAUUGACAGCACCAAUGGAGGCUGUUACUAAUCCAAACUAUAGAAUCCAAAGAGUUGGUGUUAAAUCUAAAGAUGGAAUGGGUUUAGUCUUUCAAGCUAAUGUUUUUGGUCCAUAUUAUUUAAUUCAAAAGAUUUUACCACAAUUGGUUGCUGGCCAUGCCAGAAUUGUAUGGGUAUCGAGUUUAAUGUCUGAUCCAAAAUACUUAUCAUUUAAUGAUCUCCAAAUGAUUAAAUCAGAUGUUACCUAUGAAGGUUCUAAAAGAUUAGUUGAUUUGUUACAUUUAGCAUCUUACAAAGAUCUUGCUUCAAAAGGGAUUAAGCAAUAUCUUGUUCAUCCGGGUAUUUUCCAAAGUAACUCAUUUAACAAGUUUUUGAAUGUAUUCACCUACUAUGGUAUGUUAUUUAUGUUUUAUUUAGCUAGAUUGUUGGGUUCUAAAUGGCAUAAUAUCGUUGGUUACAAGGCUGCCAAUGCUCCAGUAUAUGUUGCUACAAUGAAAGACACAAACAUUAAAGAUCAACAGUUGAAAUACGGAUCAGCUACAACGUGGGAUGCUAGGGAAUACAUCGAAACUCAAGAAAUAGAUUCAACUGGUAGCAAUGAUGUUCUUAAAUAUAUGGAUAAUUUGAAGAAUGAGUGGGAUGAAAAAUUGAAAAAUCAGAUUACGAAUACAAGAGUCCCAAUCUAA